GUUAGCGGGUCGCGCCGGAGGGGGGUGGAGGCGGAAGUGGCGGCGCCGGCCCCGGGAGUAGGAAGGAGCCGGGGCUGCACCCCGAGCAGAGCGGCUGCCAGCCGAGGAGCAGGCGCGGCCGUGUCGCCAUUUUGCGGCCCUAAGCGGCCGCCACCGAGUCAUGGCUGAGACCUACGACUUCCUCUUCAAAUUCCUGGUGAUUGGCAGUGCAGGAACAGGCAAAUCAUGUCUCCUUCAUCAGUUCAUUGAGAAUAAAUUCAAACAGGACUCCAACCACACAAUUGGCGUGGAGUUUGGAUCUCGGGUGGUCAACGUGGGUGGGAAGACCGUGAAGCUACAGAUUUGGGACACAGCUGGCCAGGAGCGGUUUCGGUCGGUGACACGGAGUUAUUACCGAGGGGCAGCUGGAGCCCUGCUGGUAUAUGACAUCACCAGCCGGGAGACUUACAACUCGCUGGCUGCCUGGCUGACGGAUGCGCGCACACUGGCCAGCCCCAACAUCGUGGUCAUUCUCUGUGGCAACAAGAAGGACCUGGAUCCGGAGCGUGAGGUCACUUUCCUGGAGGCCUCCCGCUUUGCCCAGGAGAACGAGCUGAUGUUCCUGGAAACAAGUGCUCUCACGGGUGAGAAUGUGGAGGAGGCAUUCCUGAAGUGUGCCCGCACCAUUCUGAACAAGAUUGACUCAGGUGAGCUGGACCCGGAGAGGAUGGGCUCCGGCAUUCAGUACGGUGAUGCCUCCCUUCGCCAGUUGCGGCAGCCUCGGAGUGCCCAGGCCGUGGCCCCUCAGCCCUGUGGCUGCUGAGACCUGCAGAGUCAGCUCACCUGCUCUCCAGGACCAGCCCUGUCCUUCCGUCUGGGGCCCAGACCCAGGCCCUGGGAGGCCGAGCCCCUCACCUGCCCUGGCCCCAGAGAAGCUGCCCUGCCACCGGCCUCCCUUCCCUGGCCUGGUGGGGCCUGGCUGAGGGGCAAGACUGAGCCAUGGGGGAAGGGGGAAUCUCUCCGAACCUGCUGCUGCUUCCUCUGUCUUGGCUAACCCCUGUUUCCCCUGAACCCCUAACUCCUCUUUGAACAUACUCAGAGAGUUCACAAAGCCUGAGACCAGGGCCAUUUGGCCUCAGCAUCCCUGGCCCUGCCAUUGCGAGUACGUGUUAUUUAUUACCUGGAGGCCUGUCCUGUCCCAACACCCCUCCCCCCCAUAAAGCAUUGUUUACACCUGU